UCCCGUUACGCCGCCGCGCCGGGAGCCCCAGCCCAGCCGCGGCGGAGCGGGCGGCGGCGGCGGCGGGGCCUGGGCCUGCGGGGCCCGGCCAGGCCGCGAUGGCCACCCGGAAGGCGGGCUCGCGGCUGGAGACGGAGAUCGAGCGCUGCCGCUCCGAGGGCCAGUGGGAGCGGAUCCCCGAGCUGGUCAAGCAGCUGUCGGCCAAGCUCAUCGCCAACGAUGACAUGGCCGAGCUGCUCCUCGGGGAGGCCAAGCUGGAGCAGUACCUGAAGGAGCACCCGCUGCGCCAGGGCGCCAGCCCCCGAGGGCCCCGGCCCCAGCUGACCGAGGUCCGCAAGCACCUGACCGCUGCCCUGGACCGCGGGAACCUCAAGUCAGAAUUACUCCAGGAGUCGAAUCUGAUCAUGGCCAAGCUAAACUACGUGGAAGGGGACUACAAGGAAGCGCUCAACAUCUACGCGCGGGUGGGCCUGGACGAGCUGCCGCUGACGGCCGUGCCCCCGUACCGGCUGCGGAUGCUGGCCGAAGCCUUCGCCACCAAAGGACUUUGCCUCGAGAAGCUGCCGGUUUCCUCGUCGACCAGCAACCUCCACGUGGACCGGGAGCAGGACGUCAUCACCUGCUACGAGAAGGCGGGCGACAUCGCGCUGCUGUACCUGCAGGAGAUAGAGCGGGUAAUCCUUACUAAUAUUCAGAACAGAAGCCCUAAGCCCGGCCCUGCUCCCCACGAUCAAGAACUAGGCUUUUUCCUAGAAACGGGACUUCAGCGAGCCCAUGUCCUGUAUUUCAAAAAUGGGAACUUGACGAGAGGAGUGGGGAGAUUCCGAGAGAUCCUCCGAGCAGUGGAGACCAGAACCACGCAGAACCUGCGCAUGACCAUCGCCCGGCAGCUGGCGGAGAUCCUGCUGCGGGGCAUGUGUGAGCAGAGCUACUGGGACCCGCUGGAGGAGCCGCCGUGCCAGUCGCCGCUGGACGACCCCCUGCGGAAAGGGGCCAACGCCAAGACCUACAGCCUCAGCCGGAAGGCCCGCGUCUACUCAGGAGAGAACAUUUUUUGUCCUCAAGAGAACACGGAGGAAGCCCUGCUGCUGCUGCUGAUCAGUGAGUCCAUGGCCAACCGGGACGCGGUGCUGAGCCGCACCCCCGAGCACCGGGACGACCGCCUCAUCAGCCUGCAGAGCGCCUCGGUGGUGUACGACCUGCUGACCAUCGCCCUGGGGAGGAGAGGCCAGUACGAGAUGCUGUCGGAGUGCCUGGAGAGAGCCAUGAAGUUUGCCUUUGAGGAGUUCCACCUCUGGUACCAGUUCGCGCUGUCCCUCAUGGCGGCCGGGAAAUCUGCGCGGGCCGUGAAGGUGCUGAAGGAGUGCAUCCGCCUGAAGCCCGACGAUGCCACCAUCCCGCUCCUGGCCGCCAAGCUGUGCAUGGGCUCCCUGCACUGGCUGGAAGAGGCCGAGAAGUUUGCCAAAACCGUCGUGGAUGCAGGCGAGAAAGCGUCGGAGUUCAAGGCCAAAGGCUACUUGGCGCUGGGCCUCACGUACAGCCUGCAGGCCACGGACGCUUCUCUGCGAGGGGUGCAGGAGGUCCUCCAGAGAAAGGCGCUCCUUGCGUUUCACAGGGCCCACAGUCUGUCUCCUACUGACCACCAAGCCGCCUUCUACCUGGCUCUGCAGCUGGCCAUCUCCAGACAGAUCCCAGAGGCCCUGGGCUACGUCCGCCAGGCCCUCCAGCUGCAGGGCGACGACGCCAACUCCCUGCACCUGCUGGCCCUGCUGCUGUCGGCGCAGAAGCACUACCACGACGCCCUCAACAUCAUCGACAUGGCGCUGAGCGAGUACCCGGAGAACUUCAUAUUGCUGUUUUCCAAAGUGAAGCUGGAGGCCCUGUGCCGGGGCCCGGACGAGGCGCUGCUCACGUGCAAACACAUGCUGCAGAUCUGGAGAUCCUGCUACAGCCUCAGCAACCCCAGUGACUCCGGCCGCGGGAGCAGCCUGCUGGACAGAACCAUCGCCGACAGACGGCAGCUCAACACCAUCACCCUGCCCGACUUCAGCGACCCCGAGACAGUGUCAGACUCCUCCUCCUCCUCCUCUUCUCUCUCAAGAACCGAGUCUCCUCUCCACCUGUUUGUGUCUUCUCAUCUUCAUUCUCAAACCUUUGUGUGGCCCCCUGCCGCCCACUCAUUCAGUGACCCGGGCCCCCGCCGGCAGCCCUCUCUCUGCAACUCUCCAGAAGCAUACUUUCAUGGUUUUCCCUCCCUUUUUUCAGUUAGCUCUGUGCACGCCACGUCGGUCGCAGCCUCCAGAGUGGAGCAGGCGCUGUCUGAAGUGGCCUCCUCCCUGCAGAGCAGCGCCCCCAAGCAGGGCCCGCUGCACCCCUGGAUGACGCUGGCGCAGAUCUGGCUCCACGCAGCCGAGGUCUACAUCAGCAUCGGGAAACCCGCGGAAGCCAACGCCUGCACCCAGGAGGCCGCCAACCUCUUCCCGAUGUCCCACAACGUCCUGUACAUGCGGGGCCAGGUGGCCGAGCUCCGAGGGCACUAUGACGAGGCGCGGCGGUGGUACGAGGAGGCCUUGUCCAUCAGCCCCACGCACGUGAAGAGCAUGCAGCGCCUGGCCCUGACCCUCCACCAGCUGGGCCGCUACAGCCUUGCUGAGAAGGUUCUGCGCGACGCCGUGCAGGUGAACUCCACCGCCCACGAGGUCUGGAACGGGCUGGGCGAGGUCCUCCAGGCCCAGGGCAACGACGCGGCGGCCACCGAGUGCUUCCUGACGGCCCUGGAGCUGGAGGCCAGCAGCCCCGCCGUGCCCUUCACCAUCAUCCCCCGUGUGCUCUGAGCGGCCGCCCCGGCCUCGGGGCUCCUGCAGGGGCCAGCGGCCCGAGCCGGAAGGAAGGGGCGAGUGUGCCCGCUUGGGCGACAACCAAACCCCCCCUCCGCCCCCCUCCACCCCCCCCCACGCCCCUCCACUGUGGUUCCCGCCAGCCCCCGGCCAGCGGCCCGGUUCCCCCCGACAAUGUUCACCAUGGAUUAUGUGCCAUAUUUUGUUCGUUCGACAUCUGAGUUUUUAAGUUUCAACAGAAAAAAAAGGGAAAAAAAAAAAGAUGAUGAUGGAACUAAUCAGCCAAUGUAGAAGAAUAUAUUCGAAGUUAAAAUUCAGUGGCAGAACAGACUAUUUUUAUCAGAGCUGUAAAGAAAACUGUUCUCUCCUCCCCAGCCCCGCGCCCGCCCCGCCCCUGGCCCAGAAACCAAAUGUGAAUGCUGUUUCCCACCUCAGCCCUCGCCAGGACACCCUCCCGGUGUCCCGGCGGUUGUUGUCGAUAAUUGUACCAUGUGAUGAAUUAUCGUCCUCACUUAGAACAAAGCCCGAGUCCAAGAAUAUUUAUAUUUUACCGAUAUAUGCCUGUUACAAGAGAAGGAAAUAUGAGUUAUUUAAGUUUAACUUUUUUAUGUGAAUCCAGAGUUUAUUUAUCGAAGGAAAUAUGUACAAAGACGCUUCAAAUGGGAUAUUUGCCGACAUUCCUUAUACAUGACAGACACUUGGCUAAAUGGGAAGACGAUGUUAAUAAUAAAAUGAUUUUUAAAUGGA